ACUCAAUAUAUGGAAGAUGCCACACCUUCAAGCCCACAUUUGCUGACCAAAUCUGUGCAAUUUCCUUCUAUCUCAGGCCCAGCCAUCUCAAGAGAAGUCUCAGAAAAUCCUCUUCCAUCCAAUUUAAGUUCGAUGAUUAAAUCCAUGGAAGAAGAGAGACCUUCAGGCCUACUUGCCCUGAACAAAUCUGUGCAACUUCCCUCUUUCUCAGGGCCAAGUCCAAGUGCACCAAUAGCUGAAGUUCCCUCUUUCUCUGCACUGAGCUCAUCAAAGGAAUCCACAAAACUUCUAAUUUCUGCAAGUAAAUCUAUACAAUUCCAUUCUUUCUCAGAUUCUGUUCCAGCAAGUAAAUUUGUAAUAGGUCCCUUUCCCCCUGACUCAAGUUCAUCAAGGGAACACAUAGAUGUUCCUUCUUUUGGAUCUAUUGCAAUAAGCAAAUCUUUGCAAGUAUCUUUCUUGAUUUCAAGUUUAGUCAAAGAAUAUAUAGAGAGUCCAUCUUUGCUAAGAUUAAAUUCAGGGCCAAAAGUAAAAAAAGAUCAUUCUCCCUCUGUUCCAAUUUUAUCAAAAGAAUCCAGAGGAGCUCAUUUUUCAUAUAGCCUAAUUUCAGAAAACAAAGGCAUGCAGGUUCCUCAUGUUGAGAUUUUUUUUUCAGAUAAAGCUAUCCAAAUUCCCUCUAUAUGUGAAAUACAUUUAGUGAAUGACUCUGCAGAAGUUCUGUGUGCAUUCAGCUCAAGUCAAUCAGGAGAAUUUAUACAAUAUCCCAUUGCAGUUAGAAUAAUUUUAGAAAGCAAAUCAAUGCAAGUUCCUUUUUCUGCUGCUAUAUUUUCUUCAAGUAAAUCUAUAAAAUUUUCUUGCUACAGUGAAAUUUCAAUGACACAAUAUACACAAGGUCUUUCAUUUUUUGAUUCAAUGUCAAGUGAAUGCAUGGAAGUUCAAUCUUUCUCAGUUCCACUUUCAUCAAACAAAUCCAUACAAAUUCCUUAUUUCCCUGAGUCAAAGUCAUUAAAAGAAGACAUAUACUUUCUCUCAACCUACCAUACUAUUGCUGUGAACAAACUGAUGAAAGUAUGUUUCUUUUCUGAUAUAAGUCCAUCUUCUCCACACAGAGAAGUUACAGCUUUGCCAGGUCCACUUUUAUCAAGAGAAUCCAAGUUUCCCUUGAAUUUUGUUGCCAUUUUAAGCCUCAGGCUUAUUCGAUUUCCUUCAUUUUCUGAUCUAAGUUCAUCAGACACAUGUACACAAGAACUCCCAUCUCUUCGAGUUACAGUUUCAUCACAAGAAUCUAGAAAUGUUUGUACUUUCUCUGAAACUAAUUCGCUGACAGAAGCUGCUGCAGUUCCCUCUACUUAUGGUGGCCUCAUAUUUGCCAAGUCUACACGAGUUUCUUUUAUUUUUGUCUUAAGUUCAUCAAUAGUAGUAACAGAAAAAUUUAUAUCCUUCCCAGACUCACUUUUAUCAAAGGAAUCAAUAGAACACAACUCCAAUUUUGUUAUUAACUCACUUAGUAAACACACACACAUUCCUUCUAUAUCUUACCCAAGUUUAUUAAAUGUAAAUACAGAAGUUUCAUCUUUCUUGCUUCCAUUUUAUCCAAUAGAAUCCAGGCAAUUUUCUGAUUCCUCUGACUCACUUUUACUGAGAAAAGAUAAACAAAUGUAUUCUAUCAAUGGACCUGUUUCAGAUAGACAAUGCACACAAAUUUCUCACUCUUCUAAUAAAAGUUUACCAACAGAAAUUUUACAAUUACUGAGAGAAAAAACAAAUUUGCCUUCUAGUCAUAGAUCUGUUUCAGUGAGACAAUUCACGCAAACUUCUCAUUUUUCUGAUAAAUGCUUACCAACAGAAAAUUUACAGAUUCUCUCCAUUGACUUUGAUGUCAGAGUGAGCAACUUGACACAACUUUCUUCUCUGUCUGAUGCAAGUUCAUCAAAUGAAUGUAUAAAAGAGGUUAUACCUUUUCCAGUGCCACUAAAAUUGAGAGAAUCCAAUCUCUCAAAUCUUGGUGUUAAUUCAGGCAACAAGCUCACACAAAUUCUUUUUAUCUUUGAUCCAAGUUCAUUACAUAUGAACACACCUUCAUCUUUCUUGCUACCAUUUUAUCCAAUAGAAUCCAGGAAAUUUUCUGAUUUCUCUCUGAUGAGUCUCCUAAGAGAAAACAUGCAAAUUCCUUCUAUCCUUGGAACUAUUUCAGUGAACAAAUGCACAGUAUUUUCUCACUCUUUUGAUAAACGUUUGCCGAUAGAAACUUUACAAGUUCCCUCUACCCUCCUUGUUAUCACAGUGAGCAAAUCAAUACUACAACCCUCCUUCUCUAGAACAAGUUCAUCAACUGUAUGUGUAAGAAAAGUUCUUUGUUUGGCAUGUUCUCUUUUACCAAGAGAAUCCUUCCAAAAUCCCUCAAAUCUUGGUGUGAUUUCAGUCAUCAAGCUCACAAAAUUUCCUUCUUUCUCUGACCCAAGUUCAAUGAAUGCCAAAACAGAAAUUAUAUUUUUCUUGCUUCCAUUUUGUCCAAAAGAAUCCAAGCACUUUUCUGAUUUCUCUGACACAAUGCCACCAAGAGAAAAUGUACAAAUUCCCUCUAUACUUGGAUCUCUUUCAAUGAGUAAAUGUACACAAUUUUCUCAUAUCUCUGAUAAAAGCUUACCAACAGGAACUUUACAACCCUCUACCCACCUUGCUGUCACAGUGAACAAAUUAAUGCAACAUACUUUAUUCUUUGAUGAAAGUUCAUUAGCUGUAAGCAUAGAAGAAGUUAUACCUUUCCCAUCCCUUCCAAAAUCAAAGGAAUCAAUACAACAUCCCUCAAACUUUGGUGAUAUGUUAGUCAGUAAGUCUGUCCAGUUUUCUUCUUCCUCUGUUCUAAGUUCAUUGAAUAUAAAUAUAAAAGUAGUUUCAUCUUUCUUGCUUCCACUUUGUCCAAAAGAAUCCAGGAAGUUUUUUGAUUUCUUAAAUAUGAGUUUCUCUGGAGAAAAUAGGCAAAUUCUAUCUAUUCUUGGACUUAUGACAGUAAGCAUAGACACACAAUUUUCUCACUACUGUAAGAAAACUUUACCAACAGAAACUUUAAAAGUUCCCUCUAUCAACCCUGCUGUCACAGAAAGCAAGCCAAUACAACCUACCUACUUCUCUGAUAUGUCUUUCCUGGAUUCAUUAAAAUCAAAGGAAUCCAUCCAACAUCUCUCAAAAUUCGGUGGUAUUUCAGUUAACAAGUCCACCCAAUUUUUUUCUUUCUUUGUCCCAAGUUCAUUGAAUGUAAACACAGAAGAAGUUCCAUCCUUCUUGCUUCCAUUUUGUCAAACAGAAUCCAAGCACUUUUCUGAUUUCGACACAAGUUUACUGAAAGACGACACACAGAGGCUUUCUAUCCUUGCACCUAUUUCAGUGAGUAAAUGCACAUAAUUUACUCACUCAUCUUGUUAAACUUUUAAAAGUUUAACAACAGAAGUUUUACAAGUUCUUUCCACCCAUCUUGCUGUCACAAAGAGCACAUCUACUUCUUUGAUUUAAGUUCAUCAGCUAUAAAUGCAGAAGUAGUUAUGUCUUUCUCAGGCCAACAUAAAUCACAGAAAUCUAUACAAGAUCAUGCAAACCUUGAUAUUAUUUCAGUGAAUAAGUCCACCCAAGUUUCUUCUUCCUCUGUCCCAAGUUCAUUGAAUGAGAGCACAAAAGAAAUUUUACAUUUCUUGUUUCCAUUUUGUUCAGUAGAAUCCAGGCAGUUUUCUGAUAGCUCUGAUACUUGCCUACUAAAAGAAGACUCACAAAAACCUCCUAACCUUGGAACUCUUUCAUUGAGCAGCUGCACACAACUUUCU